CUCAAGAUUUUAAAAAACCCAGACAAUUGGUUAGUGAAGCUAUAAUUAGACACAAUAAAAAUCUUGAUAAAUUUAAACUUAUUCCACAAGAAGAAACCAAUCUUCAAGCCACAACAAAGUUUCUUAAGCUAUUUUAUGAAUCUACUAACGUUCUUUCUAGUAGUAUAUAUAUAAUCUUAGAUAUUUUAAUUCUGCUAAUCGAUGAUAUUGUCGAUAAUAUUUUAUCGUGUAUUCAAGGUUUAGCAAGACCAGAAUUUCUCAAAAUGGCUACAACUCAAAUAUUUAAAAAAAUUCAAAAAUAUGCUAAUAAAAUUUAUGACAAAACAGCAUUUAUAGCUGCUAUUCUUAACUCUCAGAUUAAACUAGAAUUAAUACCUACUAAUAUGAAUAUGAAAACAAAUA